AUCUACAUAAACACUGUGACUAAGUUGCUAAUUUUCACUCUGAUUACAGCAACAGAUUUUGUAGAAUCAUUGUAGAUUACAAUCAUAAAGGAGUUGGGAAGAAAAUGCGUUGGAAAGUGGCAACUUAAAAUAUUUCGCUUGUAUUAGGCGUAUCGAUCUGUCGCACACGUUUUGUUGAUUUUCUAACACUUUAAAGCAGAACGUUUCCAGAUUAAAGCAUGGCUAGUACGACACCGUUAAUGAUGCGUUUGCUCGGCAGCUCGAUACAGAUUGCGCACCGCGCAGGCAACAUUAUUCGGGAAAUAAUGUGCCGUGGUGAUCUCGGUAUUGUAGAGAAGGGCAAAGAUGACUUACAAACCGAGGCCGACCGUUCGGCACAGCGCUGCAUCGUAGCCUCCCUUACGAGAAUAUUCCCCGGUGUAACAAUUAUCGGCGAGGAAGGGCCCAGCGAUUUGAACGUUCCAGAUGACUGGCUGAUACCGGAAGGAAAUUCAGAGUUUUUCGAAAAACACAAAUGUCCUGAGCCACUGGCAGAUUUGAAAGAAUCUGAGGUAGUGAUUUGGGUGGAUCCAUUGGAUGGGACGAGCGAAUACACCCAAGGAUUUCUGGAACGCGUCACUGUGCUGAUUGGCAUCGCUGUGAAUGAUCGUGCUGUGGGCGGAGUGAUACACCAGCCGUAUUACCAAACCGAUUCCGGCGAUCUGGGACGCACUAUCUGGGGUCUGAAGGGCUGUGGCAGUGGUGGUAUGGUGUCGGUUCAACCACCUUCAGACAGCUUUUUAAUUACGACGACACGUUCACAUUCCAACACGAUCGUGCAAUCCGCCUUAGACGCAUUGGCUCCAGACGAGAUACUGCGGGUCGGAGGAGCUGGCUACAAGGUUCUUCAACUACUCGAAGGAAAAGCGCACGCUUAUGUUUUUGCAAGCAACGGCUGCAAAAAGUGGGAUACUUGCGCUCCGGAAGCAGUGUUAGAAGCUAAUGGUGGAACUUUGACGGAUAUGCUAGGCCGCCAUUAUCAGUACGGAGCAAAUGUGAGCUUCGCCAACAGCAGCGGAGUUUUGGGAACAGUGGCCGGCGUAUCGCAUGAAGACAUUCUUUCCAGAAUUCCUGACACAGUCAAGCAGGCUAUGGAUCAACCGUAGAAUUAGAUUAGGCAUGUUCAGAUGCUAUGUUGAGAUUUUUAUUUGUUGAAAACAUCGAUACAUUAAAUUGGCUCACAUCAAAAGCUAGCUGCCAUCACCAUUUGUAUUUUCGCUGUAAAGAUAAAAAAAACCA